UGAAGGAACAACAGGGAGGAGAGAGGGCGAGGUAAACCGCCCUCUCCUCCCCUCUCCUCCCCUCUCCUCCUCACACACACGCUGCUGAGAGACGCAGAGGUAGACCGAGUGUUUAUCAUGAGCUUGCAGUCAGAGCAGCCGUGACGGGGACAGACAGUAAAGACAGGAGAGAGAAAGAAGAGAGACGCGCGUCGACUGACUCAAGGAAGCUUUCACUCCAGAUUCCACUUUACGCACAAUCGAGAACGACUUGAUUGAGAUAUGGGGUGUCGACUCCCGAAGUUGCGGAAGGCAGAAGAGAGGCGUAGUCCAGGCAACAUCUACUCCACCCUCCGACGGCCUCAGGUGGAGACUAAAGUUGGAGUGGCUUACACCUACCACUUCCUGGAUUUCCUUUUGGGGAAAGAAGAGGUGCCGGUGUCAUCUGUGCUUUGUCUGUCCUCGGUCCGAGAGCUGCCGGUUCAGGUCAGGGAACUCUACGCGCAGGGUUUCGUCCUGGUUGCCGUCCACCCCUUUGUUCACCCCUGCGGCCCUCGACAUGCACACAUCCAGCGCCAGCUCCACCGGGCCGUGCUGGUGCGAGAGACGCCGAGCUCAGAGAAAAGCCAACUGAGAUGGGCGAGAAAUCGCCUGGAGACAGAUGUGUGUGUUGCGGGUCACCAGGCCGCCGACCCAGAGGUGAUCCAGAGUUAUGUCAAAAGGAUCCAGGAUGUAGCAGAGCAAGGGGUGAUGUUUGUGGGCUUUCUCCAGCAGCCAGGUGGAGGACCCUGCUUCUUAGGGCAAUGGGAUCCUGAGGAGCUGUCGUCUUUACACUCAAGCCCCUCACCCAUACACCGACACCCUUUCAGCGUCAACACCAGCCCAACAGAUCCUGUAGAACCGUAUCAAAAUGGUGUAGAACCUGAUCGUUGCUCCUCUGACCCUCCUCUGACCCUUGCUCCUGAGUUAGAUCAUGGUGAUGCUGAAUGUAACACUUUGGAGGCCAGAGAACCAGACUUCAGCCCGCUGAAACCCACCCAUAGUUUAGAGCACAACACAGGAGAGACUGAUGAGCACACUUCAACCUCACAGAUUGGCCUCAAAGACUCAACAAACGAACCUCAAACUCACAUCAAACUUAAGGCAGAAGCAGUUCAAAACCCAGCAGACGUCCAGGAGAGCCAGCAAAGCCCUGAAGAAACUGCAGGUACAAUAAGGCUGGAGGAGUGUAGUCCACCAGACGCUGAACGAAACUUCAGUGGAUGCACAGAGAAUAAUUUGAACCUUUUUAACCAGAGAGAAACCCAAAGUUUAAGCUCAGAGAGCUGGUUCAGCUCCCCAGAACUGGAUCGUAACCACGAUAGAAAGUCCAGCUCCACUCGUGCAGAUGGGCAAAGCAGAGUAACAACGCACAACAACAACCAUAUCAGGCUGAACUGCUCAGAGAAAGAUGAAGGGGCGACUUCACCACCAGCGCAGGCUAGGAUGCAGCUCUUUGCUUUGUACAACCAUACAGAGGAUCUGAACACCUCUCUGAGGUUCUACUCACUCAGGGUGCCACUGCGAGUACAAAAGGAGGCAGGACUAAUCACAGAAGUCGACGCUCACUGGCUUGACCACAUGACUCAGCAUUUCACCAGCGGAGCACGCCUCAUUGACGGGUUUUUCCACCUUGGAAUUGAUAACGACAAUGGGGUCUCAUCUGUGGAUAGUGUGUUCAUCUUCCAGAGCUCUGCAGAGGAGACCACAAACACCUCCUACGAUGCUAUUGUGGUGGAGCAGUGGACCGUUGUGGAUGGUGUUGUGGUGAAGACAGACUACAUCCCAUUGCUCCAGUCUUUAGCUCCAUAUGGAUGGAGGCUGAUGUGUGUGUUACCCACACCAAUUGUCAAGACAAACAGUGAUGGGAGUUUGUCGACCAAGCAAAUCCUUUUCCUUCAAAGGCCCAUUUUGCAGCGCAAGAGAAAAGACUUCAAGAUGCUGAACCUCAGGGGUCGCAGCAAGGAAAAGAAAAAUUCUAAUGGAGAAAUGCUAGAGGAGAGAGAGAACAGGUCCCCGGUGGUAGAAACAGAGAUGGACAGGUUGGGACGAAACACAAAGGAAGAGGAAGAGGCAGAAGGGAGGAAGAGCAGGGACAGCGGAAGAGCGAGUCUUCAGAAAGGUGGAGAGGAUCCUGAACAUCAAAAGGGCUUCUUGUUCCUAUCAGACAGCAGGAUUUCUGUUGAAGACCAGGAGGAGGAAACUGACAUUGACAGGAUCCCACUGUCCAAGCAGGAGAAGUCAGUGAGAUGGACAGAUUUCUGUCAGGGAGAUGAUGGAGGGGUCAAGGAGGAGGUGAGGACGGAGGAGCGGAUCAAACAGCAGCUGUUUUCUGGUGUCUGUUGACACUUUUGGCAUGAAGCAGGCAAAGGGAGCUGAAACCUGGUUAGCUGGUCAAAAAAAAUAGCUUUCAACUUUACGUUGACUUGCAUUUUUAGUUCCUCUGUGGACAACUGAUAUGUAGUCAGGCAUAUACUGUAUCUAUAUUGCGUUCUGUUGCUAACGCUGCUAUGUGUCUUUAUAUGAAAUGAAAUGAGACUGUACAAGGCUAUACAGUAGAGCUAGUCUCCAGUCCAGGCCUUAAGUAUUAUUUUCUUUCACACUGUAGUAUUUUACUACUUUCUUGUAAUAGGACUGGGAGUUAUGAUUUCACUGGGCUCACUGUAUUUUUAUAUGUAAAGAAUAUAAUUUAAGAUAAAAACAACAGGUAGAAAAAAGCAAGUAUAUAGUGCACUGCUUCACAGCCUGAACUGAUACAAAGGUGUUGACUGAUUUACUGAAAUCUGCCUAUGUGAGAGCUGAAAAGUAACAAGAAAGCAGGGCAGUGACAUCAAAGGUAUUCGAGGUCAUUUGGACAGUGUCUUGAUUCCAGUUUGUUGAGCAGACAGGGUUUAAGUUGCUCAAUACAUAACUUGAUGACAGCUUUACCUAAUUUUAGAGACUCAUAGUCAUCUUUUAAGAAAUAUGAUGCAUAAUUAUCAGUUUGUUUAAAUUCUUAAAUCAAUCAGUAUGAGUCUUAAAAGUACAUGGUUUAGUCUGGAAACUGCACUGAGGUAUUAUUAUGAAGUCAGUUUUGAAAGCAGAUUUUCAAUGCUGGGAAUACACAAAUAAUGCAUUUUCACCUGCACUUUUAAUGGUUUCAAAGGUAUGUCAAAGCUUGGCCACAUCAAAUCAAUCGUCUUUUUUCAAGAUGCUGCUGAGAAAAUUCAUUUUUUGUAAUUUGGUUGAACUGACCCAAGAAAAAUGUGUAAUUUAGAAAUCAGCUAUUUAUUAUUUCCUGGACCACCUGUGAUGUGUGUAAGUAGUGUAACAUGUAGGUCUUAAUAUAAAAAAGGAGGUCAAUAAAGUGUUUAAAAAAGAU